UAUCUCAACGUAUAUGACAAGAAAAAAAAGUUCCAUCUCACCAUCAGAUUUAUAUGUGAUAAAGGAAGAAUAGAGGCAACAUAAUGAUAACAUAGCAACCUAUUUGUAAAAAUGGAAGAUCAUCAGAACUUGUUAGUGUCCUCAUCUUCAUCAUCAUCAAUGCUGGAACUAGAAGUGGAAAAUGGCCAUUAUUAUUAUCCAACCUUCUCCUCCACCCCUUCCUCUCAUCACCUUGAACUGAAACAUCUUCUUGAAUCGCAUCCUUGUUGGUGCUAUGUCAUUUUCUGGCGCUCACUUGAUACUGUACCACCUUCUACUUCUUCUGAUCUUGUCUUGACAUGGGCCGACGGUCAAUUCAGAUCUUCUUCAUCUGCGGCUAAUGGUACAGUUGGUGAUAAGAAGGUGGUGCAGGGAAAGAGAUCAGACAGCCGAGAAUUUUGUGCGCUUUUCGACAUGGAGAGCAGUGAUGUAGACGGUAAUGACCCUGAAUGGUUUUACCUUAACUCAAUUUCCCGUAGUAUUUCUGCAGGAGGAGCUGCUGCCAAGGCUUUCACUUCUGGGAAUUAUGUCUGGCUUGAUGGCUACCAGGAACUGGGGAGUUGCGAGUGCGAAAGAGCACGGGAAGCUCUGAUCCACGGCGUCCGUACUAUGAUUUGUUUUCCGACUGCUCAUGGGGUGGUUGAGAUGGGCUCUAGUUCUCGCAUCAAUCAAGACCUGAUCCUGGUGGAGAAAAUCAAGUCACUGAUUGCGAUAUCUACAACGCCAGGCCUUGUACAAGAGCAGCCGCAGGACAAAGGUCUGUUACUAGACGUGUACACUAAUAAUGUCAAAAAGCUUGAUAAUCAUCCUGAGAAGCUUCAGACUCCGAAGAUCGAGAUUAUAAGCUUUGCAAACACAAACAGGAAUGACAAUAUUGUGAAAAUUCAGAAAGUUGGGAAGAAAAGAGGAAGAAAGCCGAGCGUGGGGAAGGACAGACCGAUAAACCACGUGGAGGCCGAGAGGCAGCGAAGGGAGAAGCUUAACAGCAAAUUCUACGCCCUGAGAGCGGUGGUACCGAACGUGUCGAAGAUGGACAAGGCGUCCCUUCUUGGGGACGCAGUUAGCUACAUAAAUGACCUCAAAACAAAAUUGGAGGAUUUAGAGUCCCACAAGAAUUCUCCUCCUCCUCCUCCUCCUCCUCCUCAACUUAAUGCUUGUAGCACAAGCACAAGUGCUGUGAGCGAUGUUGAUGAAGCGACUACAAUGAGUACUGAUGAUGAUGAAGUGGAGGUUAAAUUGGUAGGCACAGACGCGAUGAUCCGGGUACGAUGCAAAAACAAUAACUAUCCGGGUGCAAAACUGAUGGAUGCAUUGAGGGAGCUGGAACUAGAAGUAAACCAUGCGAGCAUGUCUAGCUUUGAUCAGUUGAUGCUCAUUGAUGUUGUGAUCAAAGUGCCCUCGGAGGGGUGUUUGCGAUCUGAAGAUGCACUCAGAGAAGCCAUUGUCUCUUCGCUUUCAACCCAACCACCAAACAUCUAGCUAAUUACGUGAUUAAGAGCAGCAGCAGCUGGCUAGCUACUUCAUCAUAUCCUUAAGUGUAAUAAUUCUACAGAUGUUGCUUCCGGUUUAUGUAUUCAACUAUUCAUGCAGCGUGUGUGUCUUAAUUUUAGAACUGGGGUUAUCUACUCGUAAAAUAUUUUAUCUGUACGCAUCAAACUUCAAAUAUUCUGUAAUUACUUUCGUAUUUCAUGUAACAAUGUUGUACUUUUAAUCUCGCAUCCGCGCCAACAUAUUAUGUAUUCUGUUUGUACAUAUAUACUAUAUA